CGAAAACAGCAGAUCUGCCAUUUUGCGAAGGUGUUUUUAAAGAACCAAUAUUUACAGUUUAUUUAGACGAGUUAUUCCGUUGUAACAAUCAAUUUUGGAGCAAUAAGCAAAUGUUUAAAUGGACGCAUCGUCCAUCAUUACCCAGGUGUCGAGGGAAGACGAACAAUUAAAUACUUACGUUCCCGAAAAAGGAGGCAGCCUACCUCGCAGUGCCGUUGAAAAUGACGUUGGCGAGGCUCACAUCACACAGACCCCCAGUGAGAAAAAGAGCAGCAGCCGGGGACUGCUGCGUUCGCUGCUGUGCUGCUUGGGCAGGCGGAAAAACAAAAAGGAAAGGGCGGGCAAGCAGGGCGAAGUGUGCGUGGACGGGAACCAAUAUGCGGAGAGCAGCCGCCUGAGUUUUCUGCCGCCCGCCAGGCACCAGGACAUGCACAAGAAAUGCAUGGUCAUCGAUUUAGACGAGACCUUGGUACACAGCAGCUUUAAGCCGAUCUCGAACGCAGACUUCGUGGUGCCGGUGGAGAUAGACGGCACGGUGCAUCAGGUGUACGUGCUGAAGCGGCCGAACGUGGACGAGUUUCUGCGGCGCAUGGGCGAGCUGUACGAGUGCGUGCUGUUCACUGCCUCGCUGGCGAAAUACGCCGAUCCGGUGGCCGAUCUUUUGGAUCAGUGGGGCGUGUUCAGGGCGCGCCUCUUCCGCGAGUCGUGCGUCUUCUAUCGCGGCAACUACGUCAAGGACCUCAACAAGCUGGGCAGGGACCUGCAGCAGAUCGUCAUCGUCGACAACUCGCCCGCUUCCUACAUAUUCCAUCCAGAUAAUGCAGUGCCGGUAGCGUCCUGGUUCGACGACAUGAGUGACUCGGAACUGCUGGACUUGAUCCCGUUUUUCGAAAAGUUAAGCAAAGUGGACAAUGUGUAUACGGUGCUGUGCAAUUCCAACCAUCCCUACAACAGUGUGCCGGGGGUGCAGCAGCUGUCCCCCGCCCCCAUGAACCACCAUUCGCCGCCAAACACGUAGCAUUCGCAAAAAAUGCGCAAAAUCGCUCCGAUCAUUGUUGCUUUCUUUUUUAAAGCUUUCUUUGCCGGCGGAGACUUGAACCUUUUCUCCUCGGCCACCUCUUUUUAAUCGAGAGGGGGUCAUGUACGAAACAGAAACGUUGUUUUAAGGAAAAACGCCGUUGCUGCUUCGAUUGAAAUACGCAGAUGGCGCUGGCUGCCUGCCGCAGGCACAGCCUGCUGCCUAAUCAAUCAUUAUUAUUAU